GCUGAGCUCGCCUCGGCGCGCGGUGAGAACGUGAGAACGCGCAGGGCGCAGGCGGCGCUCGCGCCGUUUCAAUCAUGGCUGCGUCCGUGCCGUGGAUUUCGUGACGUGGAUGGGAACCGCGGCCCGAAGGAUACCUUCGCGCCCGUAUCCCCGAGUGCAAGCCCACGGCACCCGAUAACGGCGGCCGUCGACAAUGUUCGAGAUCACGGACUUCCAGAAAAUCGGCGUCGGCCUAGCCGGCUUCGGCGUCGCGUUCCUGUUCCUGGGAGUCCUUUUGCUGUUUGACAAGGGCCUUCUCGCAUUAGGAAACAUCCUGUUCCUGAGUGGCCUGGCGUUCGUCAUUGGCCUGGAGCGCACCUUUCGGUUCUUCUUCCAGAGGCACAAGAUCCGUGGCACACUUGCUUUUUUUGGCGGCAUUGCCAUCGUCAUCAUUGGUUUCCCCCUCAUAGGAAUCAUUGUCGAAACCUAUGGCUUCAUCCUGCUCUUCAGUGGGUUCUUCCCAGUUGUCAUCAACUUCCUCCGUAGGAUACCCAUCUUGGGCAGCUUGUUCAACCUUCCGUUCAUAGGACCGUUUAUGGAUCGCCUUUCAGGAGACAAGGGCAGGUCGAUUGUGUGAGCUUUUGUGCUGGGCCCCAUGGUGGCUGCUGUCCGCACUGGGGCAGGUCGCCAUCGUACUCUACUCGGUGGCGUCCAAGGUCACCACGGGGGCCGUCUGGGCACGGGACGCGGCUGUCGGUGCUGCGCAACAGGCACGCGAUGCUGCAGCCGAAGGCAUGACGAGGGGGGCGACGGCGGUGAGGGGGGCGGCCGCAUCGACCACUGCCGCCAUUGGAGCCGGCACCCUGGCGGUGCGAUCGGCAGCGAGCCUCGGUGCGGCACGAGCGGCAGCAGUGGCUACGGAAGCACGGGCUGCAGUCACUUCGGGGGUUGCAAGAGCGGCGACCAUGGCGACGGCAGUGCGGUCUGCGGCGAGCCUUGGUGUGGCACGAGCAGUGACAGCAGUACGGUCGGUGGCGAGCUUCGGAGCAGAUGCAUUUCAGGCGGCGAAGGCGGCUACGUCUGCAGCGGCUGUCGGCAUCGCUGCAGCUUCAACAUCCGCUAAGGCUGUGGCUGCCACCGGAGUGGUGAAAGUGGUGAGCUUCGGAGCAGAUGCUGUGCAGGCAGCAAAGACUGCUAGAUCUGCGGUGGCUGUCGACGUUGCCGGAGCUGCAACUUCUGCUAAGGCUGCGGCUGCUGCCGGAGCCGGGAGAGCGGCAUCUGCAGCGACUGUGGGAGUAGAGAUGGCAGCACGAGCCGCCCACUCUGUAGCUUCCGUCAGAGCUACAGAAGCAGCACGGGUGGUACGUUCCACGGCAGGCAUCGGCACAGCAACAGCAGUUCGUGCCGUCAGCUCUGCAGUAGAACUUGGCGCUGCACAAGCGGCACAGGUCUUGGAUGCCGUGCAAAAGCGCAGAACAAACCAACAGUCCCCAAAUGACAAAGAAGCCAACCACCGCAAGGGCCCAUCACCCGACCGAAGUAGCCAUCGAUCGAGCAAGAACUCAAAGAAUAGCUCGUCUCAGCCAAGUCGUGGCCAAAAACGCAAAAGCCCGAAGAGCUCUGGUGCAUCACAGCCCCCCAAAAGUUCAUCUAAGCGUUAAAUAUCGCCAACACACGUCAUCCACACUGCCAGUGAUGCCUGGCUAUUGUGCUCUCUCCGUCUGUCGUCGUCCUCCUUGAAUGUGUCUUGCCAUCCAGUCACGUGACAUCAUCACUUCUUGCCUUCUUUAUGGGUUAUCCUACGUCUGCCUUACCUCUAAAUUCCUUUUUCUUUUGUUUAACACAUCACCAGCAGCUGUCAAUAAAGCCGCGCUGUUCCUGAA